AUGAAAAAAUACACAGAAUCAGGUAUUCCAGUAAUUCAAGAGCACUUAAAACAUAUUUUAAAAGAACGUGUUGUGGAUACAGAGUCUCAUAAAGAAGUACAACAAUAUAUUAUCAGUCAGUUUGAAAAUAGAAAAUUAGAGAAUAUAGAGGGAAUAGACGAUGAGGAUUUAGAAGAAUAUCCAUUUGAAAAUGUUUGGAAUAUUGAAUUGGAUCAGUUCAAAGAUACCACCCCAUUAGGCGAAAAAACAUUCACAAAUAUUAUAAUAUCCUCAAAUUCUAUAAAAACCGAUCCACACUCACAAUCAUUAAUUUUGUCGGCUCACUACGAUUCAAAAUAUUUCGAAGAGUUUUCAUUUUUAGGUGCUACCGAUUCUGCUGUUCCAUGCUCUAUGCUAAUUGAUUUGGCCCAUUCUUUAGAGCACCAAAUUAUAAAUUCAAACAAAAAAAUUAUUUUAAUAUUUUUUGAUGGUGAAGAAGCAUUUAAACAUUGGAGUGAUACUGAUUCAAUUUAUGGCGCAAGACAUUUAGCCUCAGUAUUAGAAAAUAGAGUUAUUGAGCAUAAAAAAACAUCAAAAUCCUUUUAUGAAUUGGUUGAUUGUUUAAUAUUAAUCGAUUUAAUUGGUGUAUCAGAUCCAAAAUUCUACCAAUUUAGAAAAGAUACCGAAGAUUUAUUUUUAAAACUAUCUGAUAUUGAAGAAAAAUUAUCCUUAAAAAGAUUAAUUCAACCAAAAGCAGGUAGAUAUUUCAAUAAUAGAUAUUUAACAGGCGAUAUCCAAGAUGAUCACGUUCCAUUUAAAAAACAUGUUAAAACACUUCAUAUUAUACCAUAUCCAUUUCCAAAUACCUGGCAUACAGAGAAAGAUAACUACUCUAUUUUAGAUUUUGAUACCAUCGAUGAUAUUUUAAAAAUUUUCAAAGUAUUUGUUGGUUCAACCCUUUAA